AUUAAUCGCUUGUCAGUCAGCCGAUUUUUGCUGUGAACGACAUCUUGGUGAUAUCGAUAAGUAAUCAUGAGAAUUACCAUCGCAUUGUCCUUUUUGGCUGUGCUUUGUACCAUCGAGGCUAUUCCAGCAGAGCCGGUUGAUUUGGAAAUUUUGAGACUUCGAGCGAGAGAACUGAAAUGGAAUAUAGAAAAUACUAUACGUCAACUUGAGCUACUUCGUACCCAGACCGAGGAAGAUACCGUUCAAAAAAUUUCCUUAAAGUGGAAUGAAGAACAAGACAGUCAUAGAGAAUAUAAAACUUUAUUACUCUCUGGAAUACGCACUGAAGUAAACGUCGCUAAGGCGGCGGGCAAAGACGUGACCUCAUGCUACAACGAAGCUAUCGAAGGUGUCAAAAAUAAUGAGCAAGUAGCAUAUCAGGAGGCUGCAACAUGCGAAGACUCCGCUGGAAAUUCCAUCCAUAACAACCUUGGUUUCAUCGAUAAUCUCAUUUCAACUGGAGACGCGUUGUCGUUGCAGUCGGACAGUAUCUUCUUGAAUUGUCACGACAGCGACGUUUACAGAAUGCGGAGCUGCAUUAUCGGUGAACUGGGGAAAGCAGAAAGCUCCUUGAAAACCUUGGAGAGCGACAGCGUUACCGCAGAGAUGACCAUUGCACCCGUGUCCAAGAAUGUCAUUACGCAGGCCAGCAACUGUAUCAAACAGGCAUAUUCCGUUACGUAUACGGAGGGGGCAGCUAUCAGAUUGAGAGUCACUCAAUGUAUUGAAACAAUCACCACGCCAGCUACGACAAUAGCUACGACAACUACGACGAUACGGUCUCCCCCAGAAGAAUAAUUUUAAAUCUACUAAGUUUGCUGUCCAUUUUUUUUGUUGAAAGUAACUCUAAAAAAGAAUCGAGAUUAUCAUUUCGAGAAACAGGAACAUCACGAUGUUAGAGUGUAAUUAUGUAAUAUGAAUAAUUAUGUAAUAUGAACGAAAUAAAAAUAUCUCCAAAAGAGAAUUACUUAUUCACGCACA